AUGAGCUGGCCGGGCGGCAUGCAGAUGCCCAACGCCCGGCAGCAGAUGGAGAUGGCAGGCGCCGCGAGCGCCGCGUCCAGGAGCCUGGGCAACAUGGGCAGCCUCGUUGGCGACUACAUCCGAGGGGUAACCUGGCUAUGCUUUGUCGGCGGCUUGGCGAAUAUCGUAUACAACCUGCUCACCCUCAUCGACAUCUUCGAUGUGCUCAGCGAGCCCAUCACGUACGCGGUGUGCGUGUACCAGAUGAUGUUUGGGCUGUGCACCUGUAUGAUAGAGGCGCCGAAGGAAUGGGAACGGAAUCCGAAGCUGCAGUCGACUCAAAAGUUCAUCCACGACCACGCCAGGUUCCUCACAACCGCUGGCGGGCGCGGCCUCUUCUACCUCUUCCAGGCGUCCCUCCUGCUCUCGGUGGACGGAGGUAUCAUGCCAACGGUGCUGGGGCUCUACAUGCUCGGAAUCGGGGUGCUGUGCAUUGCAAUGCAGGGCGGAUUCCUCACGGAUUCGCCCGCACACCAGGACUAUCUCCAAGUCACCGGCAUCCGAGAGGACUCGAGCCGAGCACCCGAGCAGCAGAAGGCCAGGAGCUUGCAGAGCGAGCGCGGCGGCAAGCCGCGGCGGAGCGACCGUGCGGCCCUGCUGCCGGCCGCGCAGAGGUGUGGCAGCGAGGUCCUCGACGGGGACACGCUCGGCUUCGCCCACAGCGUCCACGAGGGCGCGGCGGAGGAGCUGGGCGCCGCGGAGGGCGGCGACCCCGAGGCCACGACUGCGCCCUUCCUGACGCUCCGGCUGGUGGGUCCUCCGCCGCCCGCGCCCUCGUCCAACUUCGUCAUGGCGCCGCCGUCGUUGCCGCUUGCGGGUCCGCCGCCGGACGACGACUUGGCGCCGCCGUCCGCGGAGCUUUUCUUCGCCCCCGACAGCGUGGCCUCCGAGGCCCUGCCGGUGGCCCCGGCGGCCUCGGCGCCGAGCGUGGGCAGGCUCGCGCAGACGGCGUUCGCGGUGGAAGAGGAGCACGGGGACACCGAGAUCGGCCCGCCGCCGGAGCACUACGCGGAGGAGAGCGUGGAGGACGACAUCACGGACGAGAUCGACGCGAUCGUCCAGGCGGCGGAGCCGAUCGAGGAGGCGGACGCGGUGGAGAUCCUGGCGACGUGGAAGCAGACACGCACGGCGAUGACCAAGGAGAAGUUGGACCGCGGGCUCAGGCCUCAGUGGAAGGCCCGACCAGGACAAGGAGGUCAUGGGGCACCGACCCGGCACGACCUCGACAAGCUCGGCCGUAGGGUGAAGUGUUUUCGGUGCAAGAAGAUCGGCCAUUUCAGCAGGGACUGCAAGGAGCCCCUCCCAGCCCACAGCUCGCAGAUGGUGUUCGUCGAGCCGAUGGAUGAGGAGGACCAGGAAGAAGCACGAGUUCAGGCAGUACUGGGAGCGGCUCAGGACGACGAGAUCAUCGACGGGAGCCUGGACGAUGAGAUCAAUAGCAUCCUGAAGGUCCACGAGGACAAUGUGCUGGCGAAGCUCAUCCAGCAGGAGCGCUGGAAGCGGCUGGCGCACGAGAUGAAGGAACAGCAGGAGGACGAGGACGCGUCGUCCGAGAAGAGGGCCACCGAGGAAGGGACGGUCCUGGGCGUGACUCACGCCGACGGCUGCUCCGUGCCAGACACGGGGUGCUGCAAGUCCUUGAUCGGCGAGGAGACGUUGACCAAGCACGAGGCGGCGACAGGCAAGAAGGCGAGGUGGUUGAAGGACACCAAGCCGAUGCGGUUUCGCGGGUUCGACAAUAGUGUGCAGGAGUCGGUCGGUGCUGUGGAGCUGGACUGGGAGAUCAAGAACUUCAUCGUGACGUUCGUGGUGUAUGUGGUCCCGGGCUCUGCAGGUUUCCUGAUGAGCAAGCCCGACAUGAAGGCUCUGGGCGCGGCCCUGGACCUGGAGACGGACUCGUUGUACUUGAAGCGCCUUGGCCUCACGAUUCCCAUGAACGAGACGGUGGCAGGCCACUACGAGAUCGAUUUCCUGAACCGGGAAAAGAAGGUGAAGAGGAGAAUGGUGACCGAGCUGUUCUCCCCACCUCGUAUCGUGCCAGUAGCGGCGCGGUGCGGGUUCUUGGAAGGUCAGAGUCUCGACAAGGUGCACGGCUGGGAUGUGGACAAGGACGACGACUACAACGCCAUGUGGCAGCACAUCAUAGAGGACGAGCCGUACUUCGUGCACAUGUGCCCUCCAUGCCGGAAGUUGUCGAUUAUGCAGCAGUGCAUGCCCUUGGAUCGUCGGAAGGAUCUGGCACAGCAUUUCAGAGAUGUGAAGUGGUCAGUGAAUUUGGUACAUGUGGUCGUGGAGGUCGCGAUCUACCAGAUGGAGCGGGGCAGGCAUUUUGUUUAUGAGACCCCCCCGAGGUGCGCGAGCCUCCAGGUGCCAGUGAUGAAGCAGCUCCUGCAGACCCGAGGCGUGUACGUGGGCAUAGCGAGCGGCUGCGAGUUCGGCCUGAGGUGCCCAGACACCCUGAAGUUGAUGCCUAAGAGCUGGGAGUUCGUGACGUCUGCGCCGGAGGUCGCGAAAGCGGUUCACCAGCGGUGUGGAGGAGGACACGAGCAUCAGCAUACAGAAGGCAUGCUGAAGUGUGGGAUCAAGCGCACGGUGUUCAGCCAACGGUACCCCAAGAGGCUGGUAGAGGCGAUCGUGCGAGGCAUGCGACGACAGUGUCAGGUGGAGGCGUUCAGCUCGGAGGCCGCGUGCAAGGCAGUACAGGGAGAGGAAGAGGACGCAGAUGAGACACGCGAUGUACUACGUCGGCCUCACAGUUCGAUAGAGAGCAGCCUCAGGAAGUUGCAUGUGCAACUCGGCCACUGCAAGAACAACGUGCUGAUAAGACAUCUGCGACACGCACACGCCACGGAGCAGGCGAUCAAGGCGGCCAAUGAUUUCUAUUGUCCAGAAUGCGAGGGCAUGAAGUGCCCCAAGGUCGCUCGACACAGUACACCAGCGGAGACCCAUCUCCCUUUGAAGUACGUGAGCAUGGACUGCAAGGACUUGCCGAGCUGGAUCCCGGGCGAGCGGAUCACCUGUCUGGGCAUCAUCGACGAGACGAGCUCCCUACACCAGGUGGAGCCAAUGAUCGGCAUGGCGGAGACGUCGAAGAACCUCAUGGAUGCGUUCGAGCGGGCGUGGAUCCGCCCCUACAUCCGUCCGAAGUGGCUGAAGGUGGACCCACAUCGGGCGCAGAUCAGCGACGAGUUCCUCAACUGGUGCGAGCGGCAGGAGAUCGAGGUGGUAGACACAGCAGGUGGAGCGAAGGAGCAGAACGGCAAGAUCGAGCACCACAACCAGUUGUUCGAGAUCAUGCUAGAGGACGUGAUCCGCGAGGCGCAGCCCCAGACGGAGACGGAGUGGCGAGAGUGUGUCGCGGAGCUGGUGACGGCCAAGAACAGUCUCCUCUCGGUCACCGGGGUGUCCCCGAUGCAGAUGGUCUUCGGCCGCAACCCGGAGAUCCCAGGCGACCUCUUGAAGGACAACCCCGACCUGAUCGCCAACAGCGCCAUCGUGAACGACCCGAUCGCGGCGCAGCAGGCUCGGAUCAGGACGGUCACGCGCAUGAAGGUUCUCAUGCAGCAGGACAAGCUGACGACCCGACGGGCUUUGGACUCGCGGCCCAGAGUCGUAACCAAGUACCUGCCCGGAGACAUGGCGGAGCUGCGGACCAAGAUGGUGAACCUGGAGCACUACAGCGGCCAGAGGUUCGAGGACAUCACCGGAGGGAGACGCGUGCGUGGCAAGCAGACCAUGGACAAGAGGACGGUGAGUGAAGCCUACCAGCCGAUAGAGGGCCAGAUGGAUGAGAACCGCGAGGAGCAGGAAGAGGCCAAGCGUCCACGGCUGGAGGAGCAGACGACCAUCGACGAACCGUCCACCAGCCAGCAGCAGUUCGGAGGUGUGACGUACCCUCCGAGUCUGCCGAGCCCACCGCUCAGGGACUCGGCAAAUGCACACCUGGCGAGAGAUGUGGAUGAAGACGUCAUCGUGAACGAGGUGGACGUUCUGCUCACGCAGGGCAGUAAGGAGAUCAACACCAAGGAAGACAAGUGGAAAUCACCCGAGGGCCUCGCGAUGAUUGAGAAGGCGUACACCAAGGAAAUGACGAGCUUGGUGCACGAGACCGAGGCAUGGAAGCCAGUGGACUUGGAGAAGUCGCGGCUGCUGAAGACCCAGGUGCCAGAUCGGAUCUUACGUCCGAGGCCGGUGCUGACGUUGCGGACGGGCGACGACGGCAAGGAGGAGGUCAAGUGCCGGUGCACGCUGCAGGGCUUCAAGGACCCAGACAUCCUGGACCUGGUGCGUGAGGGACGGACGGCGAGCCCUACCAUGUCCACCAACGGGAGGGCGAUGCUCUUGCAGACGUUGGCGUCCUGCAAGUUCGACCUGACCAUCGGCGACGUGAAGUCAGCGUUCCUCGUGGCCGAGCCGGAGGCCAGGCCGAAUGGCCCGAUCUACGUGACGAUGCCAAAGGACUACACGCUGAAGGGCCACCACCCGGAGCAGCUUUUCGAGGUGGUCAACGGAUACGGUCUGGGAGACCAACCUCAGCAGUGGUGGCGCACGUUCGAGCGGUACAUGGUGGAGGAGCUGAAGUUCGACCAGCACCCCAUGGACCCGUGCGUGUUCCUGCUGAGGGAGCCCGUGACCCAGGAGAACGCCGGCCUGGUCGCCAAGGACAGGGUGUCGGUGAUACCGUACGCCACUGGUUCUGAGAGCGCACAGCUGCGUGGUGAGCCUGGCGCGCUGUGCGGCAUCCUUGGAGUGCAUGUGGAUGAUCAGAUCAAUGGUGGCCGUGGUCAGCUGUGGACCACUGCGAUGAAAAAGUUGCGAGCGAGGUUUCCAUUCAGAAAGUGGGUGACAGGGAGUGGGGAGUUCACAGGAUCUGUCCUCACUCAGCGAGCUGACUACUCGAUCGUCCAGUCGCAGUCAGAAUACGCGAAGGGGAUCACACCCGCGAAGACGAGGAAAUCAGCUCGGCCCGAUGAUGUAGCCCUGCCGUCGGAAGUGCACAACCACAUUUCGACUACGCAGCAAGGGAACUGGCUGGCAGGACAGACGAGGCCAGACCUGAGUUGCCAGAUUUCCUUCUCCCAGCAGAUCAUGCCUCACCCGACGGUCGGCCAGAUCAGACGUUCGAAUGCGUGGGUCAGGAGGGCGAAGCAGUUUCACGAGAUCUCGGUGACUUUCCAGAGUAUUGUUCCAGAACGUUUGCGUUUCGUUUGCCACUCGGACUACUCCUCGAAGGACCUGGACGGGACGGGGAGGACACAGGGCGGGUACAUCAUAGGUGCGACGGACCCCUCCAUGGCAAAGGGUCUCUUGGCCCCCUGGUGCCCUCUGGUCUGGAAGUCCCAAAAGAUCAAACAAGGGUGUACGUCGACACUGGCAGGAGAGAGCAAGCUCCUGAAGGCGUCUCUGGGUCACCUGGAGUGGAUCAUGUGCUCGUUCGCGGCCACCCUGUACCCCACGUUCUGCCUAGAAAAUCGGGAUCAGUAUUCCAGGAAGUUCUCGCCGAUCAGCGUUAUCGAUUGCAAGUCAGUGUUCGACCACGUGACGAAACCUGGGGCCCCCACAGGACUCGAUGACAAGAAGGCCUGGGCCAUGGUGAAGUUCGAGGCGACGGGCAGCGACGAGCAGGCCAGGGCAUUUCUGCUCGGGCUGGUGGACGUCUACCCGGACGUGUCGUCCUACGUGGAGUCGGAGGCCAGGGUCAAGGUGAGCGUGCCAGCCAAGACGCUCCUGGGCGCCGUGCAGGCAAAGAAGGGCAACACGCCGGUGACGCUGCAGUACGUGGCCAACACCGGGAACAUCCAGGUGAUGACGGGAGUGGCACUGGAGGACGAGAUUCGGGACAAGUGCAAGGUGCUGGAGAGGGCGUACGUUUCAUGGCAGCGAGCACCGCUCGACCAGAAGCCGAAGUUGGAGAUCAAGUCGCCGGCCACGGAGUUCUUCCGCAGCAACACGGUGAAGGCGAGCAAGAAGGAGAUCGAGCAGGACGGCGACGAGAAAAUCACGCUCCCGGACGACGAGGGAUACUCCGAGGCGAUGGACGCCAUCCUCGAGAGCGUCGGGUGGUCUCUUUCCGAGUACCCGGUGAUGAGGGACAGGAUUCUCAAGACGUUGCAGAUGUACGUGCCCGACGGGGAGGAGGAGACCUCUCCAAAGCGAGCACAGGCGGUCGGUGAAGACGAUGAUGGCACCGGCGACUGGCAGAUGGGUGACAGUGUGAAG